AUGGCCAAAAAACUGAUAUACAAGCAGUGCGAUGAGAAGAAGCCGACCUGCAGCAAUUGUCGGCAGCAUGCAGUCAUCUGUGAUUAUGCCAUUGAAUCAGCUUUACCAUCUCGACCUUCGCGUCGACAAUAUCGCUUCAAACAGUCCAGAUAUGAAUUCCAAACAGACCCAUCAAAUACCACAGACGCCAGCACACAGUCACCCAGUCCGCCCGUACUCAGCGGACCGGCUCUCCCUCCACCUCUAGAGAGCAUCUCCAUGGCAGACCUGCAACUCUUCCACCACUACGUCACCUCAACCGCCAGCACUGUGACAGAAGGACAGGAUCGCAAACACCUGUGGGACAUCCACGUCCCACAAUGGGCCUUCGCCUUCCCCUCCAUCCUGCAUCUCAUCCUGGCGCUCUCCGCCCUCCACCUGACGCACCAGCAGCCGGCCCUGCGCGCCAAGUAUCUGAAACAAGCAGACGACCACUUCACCUUCGGCGUCCGCUCCGUGACCACCGUGCUGUCCAGCCUGAACGAGAACAACUGCCAGUACAUCUACAUCUCGGCCGUGCUGAUCUGCCUCGUGUACUUCGGCCAUGGCCCGCGCACGGGCGAGUUCCUCGUGUUCAGCGAGUCCGGACAGGCGGAGUGGCUUGUUCUCAUGCGCGGGGUGAAGUCGAUUCUGGAGUCGAGGCGUGCGGAGAUCUUUUCGGGUGUGUUGGCGCCUGAGGCGCUGGAGGGGGAGACUCACGUAAACUCCGAGCUGGCAGAGGAGCUGGAGCGGCAUAAGGGGCGGAUUCGGGACGUCCAGGUGUUGAUCCAUGCGGAGACGGAUGACCCAGCAAUUAAAGAGAUCUACGACUCUGCUCUGCAUAGUCUGCAGGAUAUCUUUGACGAGGUAUAUCGGUUGAGAGCCGCCGGGCAGCACGGGGUGAAUCUGAUGCAUCUGGUUAUUGGGUGGCUGUAUCGGAUUUCGGAACGGUUCAUCGGGUGGCUGGAGGCGAAGGAUCCGUUUGCCCUGGCUGUCCUGGCCUGCUGGGCUAUUCUUCUCAAGUACAUGCAGACCUCGUGGAUGAUGACGGGGUGGGAUGAGCAUGUUCUGGCAGGGGUCCUGGCUUUUCUGCCAGAGGAGCAUCGGCGUUGGGUCCGGUGGCCAGUGGAGUGUAUUUUCGGGGAUAGGCAACCUGUUAUCGCAUGA